GGACAUUGCUAAAUAUCAAGAAACUAUUACUCUUUUUAAACUUUCCCAAUUAGACGAGCGAUUUGAAAUGCUUCGUCAACUUGGCAAUCUAUUUAUUGUCAAGCCUGAAAUUCUGAAAUCUGUGCUUAAUGAAGGAUACCUUGCUAACGUGGAUAUCAAAUAUAUACUUCCUUAUCUUCAAGCUCGUACAGAUUUCAAAUCGGCCGGGAUCGAUACGCUUCUUGGUGCGACCAUUGAAAUUGGCACUGGAGAACGUAACUUUAAUGAAAAAGCUAAAGCUAGGCUUGCAGCCAUGGGUCUCAAUAUUA